UUUGGACUUAACAGCACGUGUUGGUAACUUUAUAUCGUCCGAGUUGUUUCAUUUUUAUUUUUGAUCAGUCGAUUUCAACAAAGGAAUGGGCAGACCUGAAUUUUCACCGAGAGGAGGAGGUGGCAGAGGAGGUCGAGGAGGUGGCAGGGGAGGAGGAGGUGGUGGCAGGGGGGGCUACUCAUCAGGUAGAGGAGGUGGCACUCCUGGAAGAGGUGGAUUCACUCCCCGAGGUGGCAGGGGUGGAGGCGGCGUCCGAGGUGGCAGGGGUGGAGGAAGAGGUGGAAUGAGGGGAGGCAAGAAGGUUGUCAUUGAGCCUCACAGGCACCAAGGGGUGUUCAUUGCUCGAGGCAAAGAAGAUGCUCUUGUUACAAAAAAUAUGGUUUGUGGCGAGAGUGUUUAUGGUGAAAAGAGAAUUACAGUUGAUGAGAACGAGAGUAAAAUAGAGUACAGGGUAUGGAAUCCAUUUAGAAGCAAGCUGGGUGCAGCAAUUCUUGGUGGAGUCGACAACAUAAACAUUAAGCCAGGUAGCAAAGUGUUGUAUCUGGGUGCUGCCUCUGGUACAUCAGUCAGCCAUGUUUCUGAUAUAAUUGGACCUGAUGGUCUGGUGUUUGCUGUGGAGUUCAGCCAUCGAAGUGGUCGCGAUUUGAUCAACAUGGCCAAGAAACGAACAAACGUCAUUCCCAUCAUUGAAGACGCCAGACAUCCACACAAAUACAGGAUGCUUGUUGGUAUGGUAGACACCAUAUUUGCUGACGUGGCUCAGCCAGAUCAAGCCCGAAUUGUUGCUAUUAACGCGCACAGUUUCCUGAAAAAUGGUGGACAUGCAGUUAUCUCAAUCAAGGCUAACUGCAUAGAUUCCACGGCUCCAGCGGCAACAGUUUUUGCCAGCGAGAUUGAUAAACUGGAGCAGGAAAAGUUUAAAAGAAGGGAGAUGCUGACGUUGGAGCCGUACGAGAGGGACCAUGCUGUCGUCAUUGCUCAGUACAGGCCUCCUCCAAAGAAGUAGAUGCGUUUAAAGAAAUAAAUUACAUUUUUUUGUAAUAUGUAUUAUAUAUAAUUAGUUAAAUCUUUACAUUUUACCAUUAAAAAAACUAUUUCUAUAAACCAUCUGAUGCGUACAACGUUUGAAUGUAUAAAUAAAUUAUUUAAAAACUAGAUUUUUGACCAUGAUAAAAAUCUUGACUAUA